GCAGAAGGCGGGCAACCUGCCGUGACAGCAACUGUUAUGAAUUCCUCUGGACCGAACCGAAGCGACGACAACAACAACUGUGACAAAGGGGCCACAAAGCUGAGAAGCGGGGACACGGAGACGCGCUGCGUCUACGCCGAUGAGAAGCGGGAGAGGAAUCAGAUUUACACCCUUUUGAGCAUCAGCAACAGUGUGAAGGAGGAGGAGGAAAGGCCCUGGGAGUGCCUGAACGGGACAGGAUGGGAGGAAGCGGUCCAAAGCUGGAGCAAAACAGCCCCGUUUGCUUACCUUCAAUUACAAAAGAGAGUCCGAAAACCCCGGACGAGUGAGUCCGCCAAUGGAUGCCUCUACUGCUUAGAUCUGAUGCAAGGCGUGGAACCGGAGCCCAAGAACAUUGUUCAAGUCAAAUCCAAUUUCAAACUCAACCCAAGCGCUGCCGCAGGUAGCCCUCCAGAAAAACAACAGACGGUGCUUUAUUCUAAUUCAGUCACAACUACUACUACUUCUGCUGCUUCUGCCACAGAUGAGCCUAAAAAGGAAACAGAUUAUAGCAAAUGGCACUCUCUUCAGAUGUCCCAGGGAGAAAAGAAAAGGAUGUCCUUAAAAGAAGCCCAAGCUUCUCUGAGUGAAAAAAAGUUAUUUCUCAUGAAAGAGAAUCUGCUGUUCCCAGCAGAGAAAAAAACGGUGCCGAUCAAGGAAUAUAGCAUUCUGUCACCGGGAAAGCCCCAAAGUCUAGAAACCGUCAAGACCAAAGAGAUAAGGAGCCACGAGCCUCUUCUGUGGAACCAGCCUGGCACCGAAAUCACGGCUAAGUCAUCGUUGGUCCUGCCGCCCCUGAAGGAGACAGCGCUCAAACACAGCCUGGAUAACUCUCCAAAGAAAAGUAAGGUAGUUCCUUCCCAGGCCGGUGACAAAAACUCCCAUGCGUACGCAGAGACGGUUUCCUGCCCUCAGUUUUUAAAAAGCAAGGAAGCGACGCGCGAGCCGAGGAUAGACGCCCUGUACGAUGCGGUGAAGGAGCAGAUAAAAAUGCACGAGAUAGCCUCCGCCUUUGUCCCGAGGCUUUCCAAGACUUCAGUCGCCUCAAGGAAUUUGGAUCGGGGCUACUGGCACUGUGGUUUUUUGCCCUAUCGGAAAAGUCUAACCUUGAGCAGUUCGGUUCAGCUGAGAAGAGCCGGCCAUCUCCACAGCAGCCAUUCCCUGCACGCAAAAGGAAGCCACGCCAGCAAAGCCAGUGAAAUUAGGAGCAGGAGUUACAAUGGAAGCAAACAGGAAGGAAGUCAGGCCAAAACUCAGGACAUCCCACUGCUUUCUGGACUGUUCCCUUCCUUAACGGUCAGCCGGAUUGCCUUAACAGCCUUGCCUUCUAGGCUGACCUGA